GGGCUGGGCUUACAGACUCACAAACCACAACUUGGGUUGCGCCUCCAUCAGAAACCAGUUUAGAAAAGUCCCUGUGGAAGAGAGAGGAAGGUCUGGUGCAUGUCACCCACUUAUCCGCAAAAUAAAGAUUUCUCUGUGUGCAGUUUGGAAGACAGCUUUCAGUUCGCGGUGCAUCCUGAGGUUCAGCAACACAUCAUUUUUGCUCAUCGAGGUUGCAAGCGCCAUUAAAAGGUUUGCUUUUCGGCAUUUGGACUGGACUUGUUUUGUUUUGGUGUGCGCAAUGAUGGCCACUUACCAAAACGCGGAGGAUGACGGAAUGGCCUUAAUGAUCCACGACACCAAUACGACCAAGGAGAAAGAGCGACCCAAAGAGGAGCCGGUCCAGGACAAAGUCCCGGAGAAGCCGGAUCCGUCGCAGAAACCACCGUACUCCUAUGUCGCUCUCAUUGCCAUGGCCAUUCGGGAGAGCUCAGAGAAGCGCCUCACUCUGUCCGGUAUUUACCAGUAUAUAAUCAGCAAAUUUCCCUUCUAUGAGAAAAAUAAAAAAGGUUGGCAGAACAGUAUCAGACACAACCUGAGUCUCAACGAAUGCUUCAUUAAAGUUCCGCGGGAAGGCGGCGGGGAGAGAAAGGGAAAUUACUGGACACUCGACCCAGCCUGUGAGGACAUGUUUGAGAAGGGGAACUACAGGAGACGCCGCAGGAUGAAGCGGCCGUUCAGACCUCCACCGACGCACUUCCAGCCGGGGAAGUCCUUGUUCGGAGGAGACGGUUAUGGCUACCUGUCCCCACCCAAGUACCUGCAGUCUAGCUUCAUGAACAACUCUUGGUCGCUAGGCCAGCCGCCCACCCCGAUGUCCUACACGUCCUGUCAGAUGGCCAGCGGCAACGUGAGUCCGGUGAACGUGAAGGGGCUGUCAGCCCCCUCAUCUUAUAACCCCUACUCCCGGGUGCAGAGCAUGGCGCUCCCCAGCAUGGUGAACUCUUACAACGGCAUGAGUCACCAUCACCAUCCCGCGCAUGCCCAUCAUGCCCAGCAGCUGAGCCCGGCCACCGCGGCACCACCUCCGGUCUCCUCCAGUAACGGAGCGGGCCUUCAGUUCGCUUGCUCCCGCCAGCCCGCGGAGCUCUCAAUGAUGCACUGCUCUUACUGGGAACACGAGACCAAACACUCGGCGUUACACACGAGGAUUGAUAUUUAAAGUUUACCAAAUGGUCUGUGUAAAAUGAGUACUCUGAGAGUGAGAGUUAAUUCCUGUGAUUUCAAACAGAACCAAGAAUGUUUGAAGAGACUAUUCUGACUAGCUGUUUGCGUCCAGCUGACAUCCAUGAAUGCCAAUGGGGAGGUAUGCGCGAGUUGAUGUCGAGAACGUUUUACAAAAUGGAAUCGGGAGGAAAAGAAGUAAUCAGGACACAUCAGGUAGCACAACCUCUGGGAGCCAUUUCGUGCGCCUGUAUUACACUUGGACUGAUGGCCAUAACUUGAUGUUGUAGUCAUAAUUGUGCCUAUGAAAAGCUUUUCAUUUUCACGGGGAUAGACACUGCUGGAAUUGCUUCAGCUGUGUGUUAUUGGUAUGCGUAAUGAUUUAUCUCAACUUUACGCACGGCUUGUCCUAACUAUUGCCAAAAGAAACGUGAACAUAAGAUGCCCUAAUUAAGUGCUUUAAUAUGUAAUUGAAUCAGAGCUCAAUUUGGCCUCCUUAGUAUCUUGCACUGAGCAAGGCCUGCAUGGUGAAGCUUCACUUCGUGCCAUGGUUGUAAACUGUGUUAGGUUAAAAGGUGAAAGCGUGUGUAGAGAUCCAUCAGACUGCCAAAAAUACAAUUCAGGGUUUUUCAUAUUUCUUGAUCCCAUAUGUAUGUAAGAUAUAAUUUCCAAUAUGACGCCAGCCAGUGCCAGGUUUUGUUAAUCUUUCUGAUUAUUAUUUUUUUAUAAACGUGAUUAGCUAUAUUGUCUCAUUCAUGUUGGGGCCAUGUUUCAUUUUAAUUAGCACUUUUCCCUCUUUUCUAGUUUUGUGAAUUUCUUAAUAAACUUGUAUUUCUUAAAGUAA